CAGAAGUACUACAGCAGUACACAGGACAGAAGUACUACAGCAGUACACAGGACAGAAGUACUACAGCAGUACACAGGACAGAAGUACUACUGCAGUACACAGGACAGAAGUACUACAGCAGUACACAGGACAGAAGUACUACUGCAGUACACAGGACAGAAGUACUACAGCAGUACACAGGACAGAAGUACUACAGCAGUACACAGGACAGAAGUACUACAGCAGUACACAGGACAGAAGUACUACAGCAGUACACAGGACAGGUACAGUACACUGUAGUAGUACUGCAGUAGUAUUACAGUAAUACUGCAGUAGUAUUCCAGUAGUACUGCAGUAGUAUUACAGUAAUACUGCAGUACAGAUAGUAGAGUGAUGGCUAGGUGGGGGGAGGGGGAUCCUCGGUGGAUUGUGGAGCAGAGAGCCGACGCUACCAACGUCAACAACUGGCACUGGACGGAGCGUGAUGUCAGCGGCUGGUCAUCAGAGCGCCUCCGUCAGCUGCUGCUGGAGGUUCGGGUCGAGGGGUCAGAGGGUCGGUGUCAGCUGACCGACGUCUCCAAACUGGAGGGAGAGGCUUCCAUCAACAACCGCAAAGGAAAACUCUUCUUCUUCUAUGAGUGGCAGCUGAGAGCCGGCUGGCUGGGAACAUCUAGCAGAGGUGUGAAGUUCAGAGGAAACAUCGACGUGUCCAACCUGUCCGAUGAGAACGACCCGGAAGACCUCGACAUCACAGCGUCUCUGUGUAAGGACCAGCCCAACACGCCGCUUCUGGAGCUGAUGAGGAGGCGCGGGGUGCAGGAGGUGCGGAGGGUUCUGGGAGAUUACGUAACCCAGCUGAAGUCAGAGUUCAGCCAAGGGAUGGUCCUGCCCACCAGCACUGGACCAGCACCAGCACCAGCACCAGCAGCAGCACCAUCACCAGCACCAGCACCAGCAGCAGCACCAGCACCAGCACCAGCACCAGCACCAGCAGCUUCACCAUCACCAGCACCAGUACCAGUACCUCCCCAGCACACAAAGAACCAGAUCAAGACCAAUAAGACCCAGAUCAGCUCCCCCAGGUGCUCCUCUGGUCCUGCAGGUGUUCGUAUCCCGACCGUCAGCUUCGCUCUGAGAGAAACGUUCCAGACAUCAGCUGAUGAGCUCUACCAGACCUUCAUCAACCAGGAGCUGGUCCAGGUGUUUACGCGCUCGGCUGCGAUGGUCGACGGUCGUCAUGGAGGGAAGUUUCGGCUGCUUGACGGCAGCGUCAGCGGAGAGUUCACACAGCUGGUACCCGACCAGAAGAUCGAGAUGAGGUGGCGGUUCCGGACUUGGCCCGGCCAGCACUUCGCCUCCGUCCGCCUGCAGCUGGAGCAGCGAGGAGACGACACGGAGCUCAGGAUGCAGUGUGGAGGCGUUCCCUCAGCGGAGGAGGACUCCACCCGGGAGGGAUGGACCCGCUUCUACUUCCAGGCCAUCAAACAGACGUUCGGAUACUGAACCAGGAAGCUGGUCUCUGUUCUCAGAUGUUUGGAUCUGUUGGACCUUUAACGUGUGAGACGUGUUGUUUGUAAAAUAAAGGACGUAAAGAUG